AUGGGAGGCGACAACGGACGGCGACGCGAGGAUCCUUGGAUCCCGCCGCCUCCGCCGGAGCCCCAACCUCCCCCACCCUGUCUGCCGGCGUCGGAGCCAGUUCCUGGGAUUCCUCUCCAUUCGCCUCAGUCGCUGUCGUCCUUCGUCUGCUCCCGAGGACAGCGGCAGAUCGCCAGUGCCUGCGAGACAGGCUAUCAACCUUCAGGCUAUCAACCUUCAGAUCCGUCUUCUCACAGUCGCCAGCUCCACUCCCGGCUGGGGAUCCACUCUUCGAAUUCUCUCUACACCGACUCGCAAGGCACACUGCCCUUUUCGGAGGCCUUCACAGGGUCUGGUUCAGGGCAUUUUUCAGGGCAUUUUCCAGGACUUUCGGUGUGUGCUGAGCCUUCUCGCCAGCUGCCUUCCGGGCCGUCGCCCGCGUCGUGGAAAGAGAACGGCGUCGUCACGCCUUCCGGCUCCGCUGCCGUCGCUCCUUUGCAGGUUGAGCGUGUGCCAGCGCCGCCGGCGUCGCGCCUGCGCAGUCGCUGGGACCAGCGGCCAUCUCAAACCUCUGGAAGGGCACAAGGUUCAAACGAGAAUCGAGAGAGGCCUGGAGAGGCCUGCGCUGCGUCGCCUGUCCAGCCUGCCUCGCCUCCCCCGCCUCUGCCGCAUUCUCAAGGAGGCGUGGAUGGAGAACGCGGGAGACGCGGGAGAUACAGCGAAGAAACAGGAGAAAGAGGAGACACAAAACACAGAGGAGACACAAAAGACAAAGGAGACACCGGAGACACUCGAGACAGGCGAGACCCUCAAGACAGAGGAGACAGACGUUUCGAUGAAGGGGGGAGCUGCGUUUCAAGGCCACAGUCAAGAAGCGAACGCGAGGAGAGUGGAGAGAAGAGAAGUUGGCAUUUCCCGCGAGGCGGGCGCCGCAGUUCCAGUGUCGACAGAGAUCAUGGAGGGAAGGGAGAGACGCGAGAAGACCCACGCUGUCGCUGGUUCCUUGGUCGACAGAGAGCAAGUGCAAGAGAGAACGAAGCGGGCAUCAGAUGGAGGCCAGAGCGAGAAGAGAGGGGCAGUGCGUCCCCAGGACGAAGCCGGUGCGGUCCAACAAACAAGGAAGACAGGCCAGGAACGAGGCGGGGGUCUCUGGAGUCGCGGUCGUUCCUGGAGGCGUCGCAUUCGUCCGAUGCCCGACAUGCGGUGGACCGCCCGGUGUCAAGGGAGGGAGAUGAAAGCCGACGACGAAGCUCAACUUGGGCGCCUUCGCCUGCGGCUUCUCUCCGUCGGAACCGAGGCCUCUCGCGAAGCGUGUCUCCCUCAGAGCCGCGUGGGUGGAGAGGGGGAGAGGAGAAACGGAGACAGGAGGAGAGAGGAUACGUCGAGCGAUCGCGCCGCGGGUCCAGGGAGUCCGCGACCGGCGCAGAGGGAAAAGACGACGCUUUCUCUCCGCGGAGCUGCGCGUCCGGCAACAUGUUCCCCGACCGGCAAGGCCGACCGCGGGGCUGGGACGAACCGCGGAGACCCCACAACCGAGGAGACAGGCGCUGGGGCGCCGAGGCGCCUGGCGAGGAAGACGAAAGUGAAGGGGGACGACAGGCUCGCACACACAGCAGGCAGGGGGUGGAACGAGAAAGACAAAGGCACUCGGUGUCCGGCCGGCCGCCCGUCUGCUCGCCUCUCCACCGGCGUCUGAGGUCGUUGUCUCCUACCUCUGCUCACGGUCGCUCGCCUCCUCGUUUCUGCGACACCCGAGAACGGCUGCCUCAAGCGGACGUCUGUGGAACGCGCGAGUCGCCCUCGAGAGGUUUCACACGGUUCGGCGACACAGCGCCAGCGUGGUCAGAACCUGAAGCCGGCGCCGGACACAGUCCCGACAUGGAUGCGCAUGCAGGUGCCUCGAAGUCCGCGCGUGCGUCUUCUUCGCUGGGGCGGCGAGGCCCGCGCUCGGUGUCUCCUCGGCGCGGCGAGAGUGGGGUGAAACCUGACAGGCGAAGCUUGAGGGGAGACAGCCAGGGGAGGGCAGACGGACAGAGAGAGCGAGAGACAUGGAGGAACGAGGGGGAGUCGGCUAGCGCCCAGCAUAGCCUCCCAGAGACGCGGAGAAUCGGUGGGGUACGCAUGCGGCGCACCCAGCUCGACUUGUUGCCCUCUCGAGCCUCGCGCAGGAGCUCCUCGUCUUCUCCUGAAGCGCGACCGAAGAGGGCGCUGCCUCGAGAGAGGGAUCGAGGUCACGGAACUUCAGGCAGAAACAUGGCGGCGCCCCUGGGCAGCUCACUGACCUCGCGACGCCGAAGUUCCGAGGACAGGCAUGCAUGCGGCAGGGCCAGAAGCCUCAGAGACCGUGCAGACAGAAGAGACAGUGGAAAGAGCAGCGACAGCGAAGCCAGAAGUAGCAGCGAAAACAGCAGAGUCCGAGGAGAGGGAAGAGACACACGAGAGACUGGAGUUUGCAGCGACGUCAGCAAGGGGAGUGCGUCCCCAAGCCGUGACAAACGCCGCGAGCUUUCUCCACAGCACGAUGAGGUGACUUCCGAUGACGUCGCCCCUUCGCCUAUGACGUCCGUAUCUCGGGAUUCUCCCAGCCUCAUGGUCUCCGAUCCCCCGUCUCCGAUUUCGCCUCCAGCGGCCAAGGAAAGCCGUGGGCUUCUGCGGGCGGAGUCCCGGUCGCCAUCGGACUCGCGGUCGCCUAGUUGGCGAGACAGAGAAUCUGGAUGGUUUCGCAAACGGAUCGUCACGUCGACAGCGGACUCAGCUGUCCCUGGAGGACAGGAAGAAGGCUCGACAUCUCGUUCUCCAGCCUCGCUGUUGCUGCCUUCUCAUCCUGGCGUCGGGGAUCAGGAUCUCCCUUGUGCAUCGCCAUUUCCACGCCUCGCUGUCUCUUCUUUUGCGUCUUCCGAUCUUGCCCAUGUUGUGCGGGAGCGACCGCGUGAGGCGACCGACGAGAAGCAUCACGAACCGUUCCCCGCGUCUCUGGCGUCUCCACCUUCCCGCCUCGGCGGCUCAACGGCGCCUCUGCUGUCGGCUCCGCUUCAGAGUCAGCUGCAGUCUCCGUCGUUGGCUGUAUCCAAAGCAGGUGUCUCUGCGGCGUCUUCGCUUCGAGAGAAGCUGGCGGGUGGUGUGAAGCUUGCUUCCCCCGACGCAGUCUUCUCGCUGGCGGGCCUGAGUCCGUGUCUCGACGACAUCUUCGACUAUGAUGAAGAAUACGAACGCUUCGGAUUCUUCCCCACGAUUCGCACAUUUGCGAGACCAGAGAGAAGAAGGCGCACCCAGCGAACUGCCUCGCCUGGACCGGCGCAAGCGGCUGAAGGGCGGCGUGACGAAUCGGCACAGAAGCGAGCAGACGGGGAGGGCGUCGACGAGGAAUGCGGGAAGACAGAGAGGCCUGAGGAAGCGGAUGGGAGCGACUCCCGGAAGGUACGUAGCGAAGCAAAAGAAAGGGUGCUGGCGUCGCCGUUGGACUCGAGCAAGGAGCGCAGCGCGGACGCACAGGCAGACGGGAAGGCCGAGAAGGAGAAGAAAGAAAAGAGAGAUAAAAAGGAAAAGAAGGAGAAGAAGAAAUCGAGCGAGAGAGCGUUGCUGGGGCAGCGGCUGCACGGUGAGGCGCGCGCCGAGGCGGAGAAAACAUUGACGAAGUUGGAGCGCAAGUUGCUUAAAAAGCAGCAGAAGAAAGAACGGAGGCGUCUGGAGAAGCUUGAACGGAAGAAAGGAAAGGAUGUCGGAGAGACGAAGGACGAAACGUUGAACGUGACAAGCGACGAACGAGACACAGAGAGAGUGCACGGUGUCGGAGAAGCAGUGUACAAGCGCGGGCCAGAUCGAGACGGAGACAAGGCGAAAGAAGAGGAGACAGACAUCGGGAAAGCCACAGAACAGGCAGAGGCAGUGGACGGUCUCACACGAGACGUAGAAGCAGAGAUGAGUCCCGCAGGCGCGACUCCGCUGCCGGAGCAAGCCAAGGCGGCGGACAAGGCAGACGAAGAAGCGGGUGAAGAGCCAAGAGACCCAGAAACCGAAAGAGAGAAGAAGGAGCGCAAAUGCGGAGGGGAAACGCAAAUGCCACGGGAUGACGAAAAGGCGCUGGUGGCCACCGAGACUGAGAUGAAAGUGGAGGCGAUGAAACCCCCAGGCGAGAGAACCGAUACGGAAAUCCUUCCGAAACGCACGUCAGAGGCGGACCGCUGCGCGACGAAGAAAAGUCGAGAUGCCAGGCGAGGACAAGACGGCGAAGACGCCACCGCACCAGACGAGAAGGAGCAAGACAGCGGUGCUGCGAAGGUUGUGCAGCGUUCAUCCGGAAAGAAAGACGACUCGGGAAGCGCAGGAGCAGCCUCAGCAAAGGCGUCGCCUUGCGCGUCGAGCAGUCGAAACAAAGACACGCUACCUCGAGAGUUGCUUUCGCUUCUUCUGGACGAUUACGUCUGCUCCGCCUCUCGGCGCAGAAGACCGGCAGAUCCCCAAGGGCCAUCGUCGCCGUCUCCUAAGACUGUGCGCAGCGGCGGCGCGGCGAAGCGAACCGGAGGAGCGAGCAGCAAAGCUGCGCCGCCCUCUUGUCUGGAGCCUGUGAAGCGCGAGGGAGGAGACAGGACGGAAGAAGGACCGAGGCGCGGUGAGGCCGGUGGAGGCAGCAGCGACGCAAGACAUACGCUGAGUGAGAAGGCGCAGGACGUGGAGACAGAAAAGGGGGAAAGAGGGAUCAAACGGAUCACGCCAAAAUUGGCUGGCCUUGGCAAAGACGAAAAGAAACAAAAGGCCGCCCCACUGGGGUCUGCGACAGCGGCCGAGAAGACAAACCUCGCGUCUGAGCAACUUGUGCGGGGGAGAGCUUCAGAUCAGGUCAAGAGCGAGGAAGAAGAGGCAUGCGAUUUGUCCUCGUUUGACGCGUUCCUCGUCGGCAGUCGCACGCCUGAAGUCGGAGGCAGCGCCCUGGACUUGCUGGUGGAGCCUCCACCCGAAUGGGAGAUCGCGAGAAGAAAGACUUUGAAAUGGGAUGAAGAAGAGGAAUCUGUCCUCGCGGCGGCGCUCGACGAGAGACGCCCGGUCCCCGUGCAUGGACCCCUGACCGCCGGAGGAAAAGGAGAGAACGAGGCGCCAGAGCGCGCCGCUCACGACGGAGGAGGCGACGCGGAGACAGGCAAGGCCGAGGGACAAGGCGAAGGCGAGGAAACGGGCGGAGGGAUGGAGACGAACUCGGAAAGCAAGAGGGACGGCCGUACUGAAGAUGAUGAAAACGUGUUUGGCGGUCGCACAAAGGCUGAGCAGCUCGAAGUCGGCGCAGAGGACGAAACAAAGGACGAUGAAGACGAUGAAGACGGACGACUGGUCCCGGAAAAAAGCAUCCGAAAGAGAAAAAGAAGGUCGUCUUUAGACGAUCCAGAGAUCGAGGAGAAAAUCACGCCCAACGACCCGUUGUACGCGUGUCUGAUUGAAGGCAGCGCCAUUCGAUUGACGCGUCGCAUGAUCAAGCAGCUGCACGACGAGGAGCCGACUGUCUCUGCCGGCGUCUCUCGGUCCUCGCCUUCCGGCUCUGCGGGUGCGUCGCCGCGGGCGUUGGAGGCAGGAGACUCCAAGGCGCUCCUGAUGGGCGCCGCGUCAACGGGUGCUCGUGCAGGCUCCGUGCAGGCGAAGAAGCGUAGCGAGAAAGGCCCCAAGGUCCUGAGUCCAGUCGAGCGACCGCCGCGCGAAGAAGGGGAAAACGAUGCCGGCAAAGAUCGACCUGGCGACGGAUCCUCGUCUCCACCGUCGACGCCUGGACGCCCUGCCUCGCCUUUUUCUCCAGCACUCUCAGGCGCUGCGGCUUUAAACUCCCUCGGCCGGAAAGUCGAAGUUCGCGACGACGCUCAAGGUUUUUCGUACGUCGGCUGUCGCGUCCGUGUGGUGAGAAGCUGGCGCGACGAGAAGCAGCGAAGCACUUGGGAGUGGGGGGAGGGCGUGAUCAAGUUUUUUCUGCCGAAAUUCCGGAUGUUCUUCAUCCACUUUCUCCUCAAUGCGGGAGGCACAGACGCCGCAACGCCCUUCGACGCGCCGCCCCUCGACCUGCGGAACGAAGAGCUGCCUUUCUCCCCGGAGGCUCAGCACCGCGGGUGGUUCUCUUCUGCCCACGACAUCAUUCGCCUUGCCUCUUCUCGCCGCGUUUGGGAGCGACCUGAGAAGCGCGAAAAGCGCGAAAAGCGCGAGCGAAGGACGGGCGCUGAAAAAGCGCGAGAUCUGUGCGACAGGCGGCGCAAGACGACAGAGACACCCGAUGCAGCAGAACCCCCAGAAGGAUCCGAAUCCGCAGACGAAGCCGAGACGGAGAAGAGAGCUUCGAGGGAACAGAGCGACGAAACCGUCGCUGUAGAAGGAUCCCCGGGCGACGCGGCUGCGGGCGGGGAACGCGAGGCCACAGACGAGCGUCGCAGGCGCCGCGAGGCAGCCAGGGAGGAUUUGGAAGCACUGGAAAGGGAAGCCAACGGAAACACAGAAGGCUCAGGAGAGAACGAAAAAAAAAGGGAAGCGAACGAACGUGCCCGAACAUGUGGGGAGAUCCUCCAAGGUGACGCGAACCGUCCCUCAGAGCCUCGAACUCACAACCAAGAGUCCUUGUGUGCCUCAUCUUCUUCGUCUUCUUCUUCGUCUUCUUCGUCUUCGUCGCUGCCUCUGUGCCGGACAUGUUGUAAACCGAUUGCAGUGAUCCGUACAGGAGACCUCACUGACGAUACAUCGUGGCAGUUGGCUGUUCGUUCGCUGUCCCCGCAAACGCUUGACUCUUGUCUCCCUCCCGAGGCCUCUUGUGGGGACUCCACCCUUUUUCCUGCGUCGUCCUCUGCUCUCUCCAAAGAUGCGCCGCUGCCCACGAACGCGCUCUCCGCCGCGGCGAAUUCCAUCUCCACGGACGAGGCGAAGGAGAUCGGGGCGUCUGGGAGCGCCGACGGCUACAGUCCGCCGAAGGAAGCAGACAGACCGAUGCAACAAGUGAAACAGGUUCACUGGGGCUUGCGCUGCAUUCGCUGCGAACGCGUCUUCCACGCCUCCUGCAUCACUGCUCCUCACCAAAGAAAAAUCACUGUCGGAAUGGAUCAAGAGGCUCUGUGCGAGGAGAGUGCCCGACAUCGGCGCCUCGUUGCUCGACGAGAAGCUGCAAUCAAGGCGUACGCGAAGAAGCAGGCAAAACGGCGAGAGGACGCGUCAGGGCCUGCCACGGGAGCGGAGCCGUACGAGGAGAACGCGGAGACCUUGCUGUGCGGCCGCAGGGACGCUGAGGGCGAGGCGUCGACUCUGAAGAAGGAGAGCGAGAACCGCGCGCAACCCAUUGAGGGAGAGGUGACAGCAGGCUGCCGCGAAAAGAAGACGAAGGGUGUGACGGGAUCUGAGACCGGGGCGGCUUCUGGGGGGCGUGUGAAAGCCGAGACAGCCGCUGUCUCUGUGGCAUCUUGCUCCGAGGUCCCUGUGAAAAAAGGAGAGAAGACGAAGACGGGUGAGACAAGCGAAGAAGAAUGGACGCACAAGGAAGCGUGUGUUGAUGGGGCUUCAGCGACCCUGCAACUGGACUGGACCGAGGAGCCUCAAGGCGAGCGCCAGAGGUCGUCGUCGACGUCGCCGUCGUCGACUUCUCUGUCGAGGCAGGAGGAGGCUGCAGAGCCUUCGAAGGCAUUGCAGACUGCAGGUGCAAACGCGUCCGAUGAAGCAGCUCUGCGGAUUUCCACUAUAGCGGAGGAGACUAUGGACUCUCCAGAGAGGCUGGCGAAUGGGGUCGUUUCUCAAACCACUGGGAAAACGUUCCAGGAGAAAGAAGCUUCAGCCUCCGUUCCCCGACGUGAGAUCUGCGGCGCCUCUGCGGCCGCGGAAAACUGUUCCGCCUUCGCCGAGUGUGUCGCCGCUCCCUCGACGUCUGUCUCGUCUGCGUCGGCGUCUGGCUCUGUCGCUGCUUCGCAGAUCGCUCUUGUGUUUGUGCCUCCGAUUCAGCCGUUGGCCGCGGCGUCGUCGUCGCCGACGUCGUCCCGGAGAAAGCGCGAGGAGGGGGAAGGCCGCGGGAGGCGAAGUUGGGAGGACUGGGUUUGCGCGGACUGUGCUACCUGUCGCUUUUGCUGCGAGCCUCUGAGUCUGCCGCCUCUAGGACCGGAAGCCUGUGGCCAGCUGGGGGCUCAGGCCAAUCAACCGACUGUGAAUUGUCACACAUGCAACAUGUACGCCCACGGCGUUUGCUGCUAUCCGCCAGUGCCGGAGCUGCACCCCAUCGCGACUUUCCGCUGCGACGCUUGCACCCGGUGCCAGAGCUGCGGGUACGUGGAUUUGUACUGGCCCGAAUACGCCAACUGGGACAUCAAGUUUCAGAGGUGCUCCAUGUGCCAUCACGCGAUCGAGGCCGGACAGUUCUGCCCCGUCUGCAUGCGCGUAUGGGGCUUCGACGGCCUCGACGACUUGAUGCUCCUCGAUGCAACGACGUUCGGGGACUCUCCCGAGAGCCGCAGGAGCGAGCUGGGCGUCGCGCCCCACCAAGUGCCCGACACGGUGCGCCGGAAGAAGCGGCGGCAAGUCGAGGACGCAGACGCGGAAACCGACGCCGGAGACAGCGGAGACUGUCCAGGUAGCGAGGCGGAGGCGCCGACGGGGGACACCGGCUCGCGAGAACGGGGAGACCAGCAGGCGCGACCCAAUGAACAGAGACAGGCGCUCGUCGAAUGGGUCCUGUGCGAUGGAUGCCGCCUCUGGGUACACGCCAAAUGCGACGGCCUGUCGGAAGCACACAUGGAACGACUCGCUUGCAGAGAUGUCCUCUACAGGUGUCCGGUUUGUCGAGGAGCGUCGCGGGCGCGGAAGUACAAACGUCUGCUGGACCAGCUGGUUGCGUUCGACAAGACGGCAGAGUUUACUCUGCCCGCUGCGGCUUCCUUCACUCUUUACUGGCGCGUCGUCACGCGGCCGAUGGACUUGACGACCAUGCGGCAGAAGCUGCAGCGCGGGGAGUACCGGCGAGACGAGGAAGUCAUCGCAGAUCUCUGGCAGAUCUUCCACAAUGCUCGCAUGGUCAACAUGCCCAACACUCGGACCUACCGCAGCGCCGUGGCGAUGGAGCGGAAGGCCCACGAGCUCUUGGUUGGCAUUCUCCAGCUGAGUCCAGGGAAAGUCGCCAGGCGCCGCGCGGACCUCAAGAUGGGCCGGUCGGCGCUGAAGGGUGGCGACGACCGCGGCGGAAGAAACGCGAGUCUGCUCGACCUUCUGGGCGACUCCGAAGACCUCGUGGAAGAAGGCCCUUGGCUGCGCCCCGGCUCCACAGAGGACGACGAGGAGACAGCGAGUGAGAAGGGCAGGGAGACUGUGGAGUUCGGUUCCGAGGCGCAGGACGCGAGACCGGCGGGAAGUCGCGCAGACAGCACGAAGGGCGUCGGAGCCGCUGUGGCGGCCCGCCUGCAGGCGCCGCGCCGCGGAAGCUUUGCCGGGCCGGGGAGCACUCGGGGCAUCCGAGAGACGUCGCCGGAGUCGCGGCUGGGUCGGAGAGACGCGGAUCAAAACGCGAGCGAGGGUCGGGGGGCCGAAGCGUGGGCAAGAGGAAACGAAGCAGACAGGGGUGUCAGUGGCUCGUUGGAUCUUCACCACAGGACAGCCGGCUGCGCAGUGUCAAAAGAGUUGCAGAAACAGUCGCUCCAUGUGCACCGGUUGCCGAAGCUCGAGAACCUCCCAGUGCCUCCUUCGAAGCCUCUGGACACUCUGGAGGACUUGUUCAUGCUUCCAUCUGGAAAUGUGCCUCUCUUAGCUUCGCCGUCAACAGUCUUCCCCGUCUCCUUCGCAUGCGGAUUUCCCCUGGCGCCGUCAGCUUCGCUUGUAGUCCCAGAGUUCCCCCCCACCUUCCAACUUGCGUUCUCGCCCAACAAGCCUCUGCCGGCGGAGUUGCCAUGCGGGCCACACCCCGUGCUGGGUGCGGGGCUGUUGGCCCUGGGGGCCCCCGGCCUGGGGGAGGGGUCGUACCUUUUCGAGCUCCCCUCGCGGGAGGCCUUUUCAGCUCCAAGGAAGACGGAGAAGCCACGGAAAAAGAAGGACGCUGCAGACGACGAGCGCCGCACGAAAAAGGCCAGAGACUCGAUCGUUGCUUCUCUCGUUUCGUCUCCCCCCCCCGGCGCAGGCUCCAGCGGACAGGGACUUUCGUCCACAGGGGGUUCCGCGUCGGGCCUGGGAGGGGACAAUCGGAAGAAGCGAGGCAGGAAAUCAGGAAGACCGGUGGGCGAGAAGACGGGCGCCGCGAGUAGUCCGCUGCCGACAGGUCCGGACGCGGGAGGGGAUAGAACUGGCGAGGAGGAAGAGGCGAAGGGGAUCUCUGUUCCUGAGGGCUUCAGAGAGCCUUCGCGGUCUCCAGAGCGAGAAGAACUGCCCGGCUCGGACGAGGAAAACGAAAACGAAGACGGCGAAGAACAGAAGGAAGACGCACAUGCGUGCGCCGAGGCGCAGGACGGCGUCCGCGCUCCAGGCAUCCUCCCCAAGUGGACACACAUCAUGCCGGCAGUCGAGAGUUCCCAAGACUUCUUGCGAGCAAUCGAGUAUAUCUACGGCGGCGCGAAGCGGAAGCGGAGACGUGAGGACAGCUCCGAGAACGAACGCAAACCGAAGACCACCCGAGCGGGCAGACCCGAGCUGGAGGCAGUGUCGAACCUCACAGGGAAGAACACAACGGGAAAAGAACAGACCGAGGAAAACCAGAGAGAGAGACUCCAAGGAGAGACAGACAGGAGCGAGACGGGCGUCACCGAGGAAGGCAUGUCAAACUGUCAAACGUGUGGGGAGGACGAAGCAGGAGCUUCUUUGGCAUCGCGGCGCUCUUCUCUCUCGAGCUGCGACGACGCCAGUCUCCAAGAAGACCCAUGGACCAGUCUGUCUCUUUUUGAAGACUGCUGCGCCCUAUGUGGAUCUACCGCCGACCCUCAGUCUCUCUAUCACUGUCCGUCGUGUGGGGAGUCCUUCCACGGCCAAUGUAUCGGUGUCGCCCCUUCGCUUUCUUCUUCCCGUGGGGUCCAGUGCCCGCGGUGUGCCGUGUGCGUCGUCUGCGAUGGACGGGCGCCUUGCAUGCAUCUGGAGGACGUUCGCAAUCGCCGAACUGCACCUGACAGCGCAGGGAAAGUCGUUACAGCCAGCUCCGGCGCCGCUGGGGGACUGCCUGCUUUCUCCGUUGCUCAGGGACUUGAGCCACAGUCGAAGGAAUGCCGAGAUCUCCCCGCCUCUUCAACUCUGUCCCCAAAGGCAGAGGCCCUCCGCCAGCAGUUCCAUGUCUAUCGCUGUGGCGGGUGUGGGGUCUGUGCUCACUCUGAUUGCGUGUGGCAGAGCGGCGUCGAGAUCCCGCGUGUCUCCUCUCUUGCUCCCUCUGCUAUCGCCUCGGGCUCUCUGGGGCUCCCAACAAACAUCGAUGCCUUGCUGUUGAAAAAUGGAAACUUGCGCCCCCAGUUUCGACCCCAGAUUCCACAUCCGUGGUCGGCUGCAACGUCUCUGUCUUCUACGCUUCCUUCUUUUCAGUCUUCCGGCCCGUCUCCUGUCUCCGUUGGGGCGUCUCUCGUGGGGGCCUCGCCGUCCUUGCGUGCGACCGGGUCCGCGCGGCCAGAAGGAAGUGGAGGCGCAGCCGUUUUCGCGGGAGGCGCAAGGCCUGCGUCUUCGCCGCAUGCGACUCUGCCGCAUGCGUCCCUCCCGGCGAGGGUCGACCAGGAGAAGCUUGGGGCCGUGGCGGCUUCACAGGCACAUGAGGCACUGGGUGCCGAGUAUCCUCUACAGAACAGGCGCGCUGGAAAGUCCUUGGAAGGUGCAGGAGUCCGUCACGCUCAGGCGUCUUCCUCUCACUUCUCCUUAUCUUCUGAGCUUUCAGCAGCGACAGGCAGUACGCCCGGAGGGAGGCGCCCCGCUGGGACCUGGUUGCCUGCAAGGACUCAACAGCCUGACUUGCGGACCGCGUCGGACGCCGUGCGACCGGCGCUUCUUUCUCAGCUUUCGCACUUCAUGCGUUGCCUCAAACUCCUCGUUCGCCGGCUCGGCUGGCGACCGACGGCGAUUGCGCCGCUCCUCGGCUCCACACCCGAGACCCUGCACCGGAUGCUGCUCCAACUGAAACUCUCCCCAUCUUCGUUCGGCGAGGAGGGGCAAAACGUCCUCCAGUGGUGCUUCUUCAAAGCUGUGGAAGCGAAGCAGAGGCUUCCGGGAUUCGAGGGUGUUCGACUGCCUCUGCCUUCCGACUUCCAGUCGCCUCCGCCCACUCUCGCCGAAAUUCUCCCUCAGCUUGCAGCGCUUCGGCAAUCGGCGGCCUUUUCCGGAUCGUCUCCUUCAUCUGCUGCUUCCGCAUCUGCCUCUUCUUCCCUUGCCUCCUCCGUUUCCUCUGCCCCAGUUGCGUCGGCUGGAGGCGCUGCCACGGUGUCUGCCUUCACGCAUUCCUCCUCCGUUCCUGCUGUCUCUGCUUCACCGUCCAGCGUCGCUAGUGCAGCGCCAGGAGGGGUCCAGCCUCACCUGUCCCCCCCACUCACGACCCAUGCCGUCGCGUCUUCUCUUGGCUCGUUGUCUUCCCUUCCUCUCCAGUCUUCGGCCCUCAAUCUCCGACCUGGCGCCUUGGCUCACCGGCCGCAGAGUGGUGCAGGCGCCUCGAGUGGUGUCGCUGGACCUCGAGGAGACACCACGGCGUCUCACCAUCUCCCAGCGUCGCUCCCGCCCCCCUCCGCUUCGCCCUCGGCCGCAGCCACAGCGUCAGCAGGCCUGGAGUCGACUGCAAGCGAUCUGCGGGGCCUCGUGAGUGCGGAGCAACUGUUGCUUGGCCACCGACUCCUGCAUAGUUCGCUUGCGUCUUCCCUCGCUUCUGCGGGCACACCUGUCUCCUCAGAGCAAGCGGCGCUUCUGCUGCAGCACCUCCGAGAAUCGUAUCGAGAAAAACAGCGCGCUGCGCCGCAGCAGGUGAAAGGCCUUGCAUCCGCCGCGAGUCCGAGAGAGGCUGCGGCUCCGGCACCUCAGGCGACCCUCGAGUCGGCAGGCUCUUCUGCCUGCCUCUCUUUCUCGAGCAGCGAUGGCGCCUACAGAGGACGCGGGGAAGGACAAAGCCGGCGCCCCGCUGAGACGCCAUGCCGACAGGAAGACAGCCGAGGGAGACCCGCAAGCGUCGCGAUCAGAGAGAGCAGGGAGCGGUCGCCCAGAGGAUCCUACAGCGACCAGAAGAUUUCACAGCCGAAGGCCGGUCGCCCGAGCAGCCUGCGAGGGGCAGGGCAGGAAGAAGCCCCAGAGAGGGGAAGCCGGCUGGAGGAUGCCUGCAGGGAAGCGGGAGCAGGUCGGAGACAGCAGGGGAGCGAUUCCAGUGGAACGGCGGGAGUUGGAAGCGAACGAGAGGGACCCGAGGCAAGCGUUUCGGAAGGCAGGAAUUCCGCUGACAAGCGGAUGUCUCCUGGUGGAGAAGCGGUAGGAAACACAAAGCUGGAAGGAGACAGAGAGCCUGCAGCUGUGGAGUGUACAAAUCGCUUUGAUACCUCUUCCAGCUCUGUGUACCCCGAGGCGGAGGUGUUGAGCCAGCUUUUGUCGAAUUGUUUUCCGGAUUCGAUUUCGUCUUCCCUUGCGUUCCCCGACGACCCCGAAGAACUCGGGUGUGAAGACGGCACCAAGGACGAGGAACAACGCCGAAGACGUCGAGAGAUUCGGCAGGAGCAGCUUCACCAAGCAGCCUUCUGGGGCCUCCCAGACGCUUCGCCGUGCUCUCACGAUUCACAGACAGACGACGAUCCGGGCGCGGACGAACUCCAGGCGCGACAGACACGGCGUGGAGAUGGAAAAUCAACACGGCACCAUUUCCUGGCUCCACAAGAUGCGCAUCGUGGAGAGAGGCACCCUGUUCGAGACUCGUCCCUCGCCCCUUCAGUGUCUGCCGACGUCGAGGAAGGAAGGCGAACGACGAGGCGAUUGAUACGCGAAGACUGCAUGCACCGCAGCGCACCGCCGCCCACUCCUGCGACGUCGAACCCCACAGCGGCGUCGUCCGCGGUUCCGUCGCCAGAGUCCGCAACGCCCGCUGCGGCUGCACGGCCUGCCGCAGAGAGACCAGCGUCUGCGCCACCGCAAGCUGACGAGUCUUCUGCCGCGCUUCGCGCUCUGUCUUCUUCGCUCUUGUCUUCCGUUACUGCGGGCGAUGUCCACAACCUCCUUUUCUCCUCCUCGGGGUUGGCCCUAAUGACGCCGGAACAACAGCGCGCGGUUCUGCGCGCCCUUCAGCGUCAUCUUGGCGCAAACGCCUCCCGAGGGACCCAGGUCUCGGGAUCGCUCGGAGCUUCAGCGCACCUGCAAGCCCCCCAGGCUGCGCAUUCGCUCGCGCCUGCGGCUCCACGUUUCAAUGCGGCACCCGCGGGAGGAGACUGCAGACCCGGAGGCCGAGGCGAGAGCGGGAAACCGCCAGACGUCGCGGGGCUGCAGACGCCGCAGCCAGAGUCGGAGCGCUUGCGACGCGCUGCCCUGCAGGGGACUCACUUGGGGACCUCCUCCGCGGAGCAGGGGCAGGUGGGGACGGAUCCGACGUCUCCUGUCGCUCUUCUACAAGCCCUUCAGCAACUGCGAACGGCGGCGUUCCAGUCUUCUUCGCCUUCUGCCUCGCUUCAAGAGAGGAUUCAGGCCCUGCUGCAACUGCAACAGAACAUGCAGGGAGGCCCGGAAGGCAGUCCAAGCGCCGUCCUACAAAGCAGCCUGUUUCCCCGUCCUGCCUCGCCGAUUCCGUCCGCUUCUGCCUCUCUCGGUCUCGCCACGACUGGGGGCGAAGGCGGCCCCACCCUCCCUGGCUUCGCUUUCGGUGGAGCUUUAACUCAGAGCAAGAAGCGCCAGAGAUCCGCGGCCGUCGAGUCGAAUAAAGGUGCCGGUGGACCAGAGCCGGGGACCUCCCUUUCGAGCAUGCAUGCAACGAGCGCUGAACUCCCAGCUCCUGGAGGGUCGCCGGCGUUCGGGUCUUGUGCCCCGAGACUGUCUCCAACCGCCGCGAAGGCGCCAGGAUCCCGGGGCGAGCAGCAAGCGGGCGGCGCGACGACCAGCGCGACGACCAGCGCGGCGACCAGCGCCGGUCAGAGAGAGAGCGGAUCCCGGCGGGGUCCGGCCGGGUCUCCCCGCCACACUGCGGGAGGUCCAGGAGCCUCAGCGCCCCACGCAGGUCCCGUGCAUGCAUCGACAAUGAUGCCGAAUUCUGCAUUUCUCAGUUCCAACUGUGUGCCGAGUGUCCAGAUGAAGCCCGGCAAUCCAGGAGGGGCGGUGCCCUCCAACGCUCCAGGCCCAAGCCCAUCGUCACUCCGACCUCACGUGCGAGCGGCUCUCGUCCAUCAGUUUCCUUCGCUCACCUCUUUGUCUCACCCUCCCGGAAGUGAGCCUCAACAGAGGCUGCAAGCGGGGUCCGAGGGCGUACCUGACGGUCUUUCGCCGGAGGUCCGAGGCCUCCCGCGAGAGCUGUUGGCGACUCUGGGUCCCAAACCAGCCGGCAACGUGACCCAGCCUCUCCCGCUGCGUCCGACACCGCCGGCCAGCCAUCCCGGGUGCCACCCAUCCCCCACAGCGCUGUCGUCUGGCCUUUCCCGGGCGCGUCCGAAUCCAGCGGGCAGUCUCGGAGUUUCUGCCAGUCCUGCUCAGGACGCUGCCAGCCUUUUUGUCCAGCAAGCCAAGGCGGGGGCGAUGGCCCUUAUGCCUGGCGCUGGCAGAGCAGUGAUUGCCGAUCUCUCUGGAGUGGGGACGAAGGGCGGAACGCAUCCUAGGCCGGCGCCUGUGUCUGCAUCUGCGACGCAUGCCCCCCCACCCCUGAAGCUUCAAAGAAUCUCACAGGUCCCUUAUCUUCCUUCGCAGCAAGCGGCACUGACGGCUUCGUCUCCUUUUGCGCUUCCGGCGGGGACCCGACAAGGCGGUCGCCCCUCAGAGCAGACCCUGGGUGGCCUUGGUGCUAGUGCCCCGGAGCCUGGAAGGCCGGGCCAGCGUCACGCUGGAGCCGUAUCCGUUCGCGGUGUUUAUCCAACAGCGUUAUUUCUUUCUGGGAGCUCCCCGGAAGGCGCAGGUUCCCUCGGCUCUUCGCUGGGGGAAGCAUGCCUUGUCCAAGAGAGACUGGGGAGAGCGCGAAGCAGAACCGGGGGCCUGAACAGAGACACCGGCUUCCCCAGCACCGCGAGAGAGUUCCAUCUGUCCCUCACUGAGCCUUACAGAAGAGGCCCGGAGGUCGGGGUGUACGCACCUCUCACUUCCAGCCCCCACGCUGCCUCGCCGGUCGCCUCGGUUCCGCCGCACGGCGCAGGCCCAGAGGCGACACUGGGGGGGGGUUGGAACCUCCUGGGGAGACAGGGCCCCGCAUGGCACACAGACUGGGCGUAUCCUGGAACGUAUGUUGGGAAGGCGCCGCCCGACGCAAGCGCUGGCGGAGAGAAGGGGGGCGAAGAGGAACGAGGGAGAGACCGAGACGCUACGCAGGCCGAGGGCCUUCCGCCUCUGCUCUUCUGUGGGGACUGCUGGCGGAGAGAGACUUGCAAGCGCAAGGGGGAGAGGAGACACGGAGUGCGAGACCCAGAGGACCAGCUGGGAAUCCUUCAAAGAACUGCUUUUCUGCCGCAACAGUUGCUUCUUCUUCCUGCAAGUGGAUCUUCAUACGAAGCUGAACGAGCAGGUGGGGGGGCAGCUGCGCAGGGGGAUGUCGAGAGCCACCCUGAUGCAGCUGAGGCUGGAAAACGAACGAGUGACAGAGAGACAAAGGCACUGGAGACUCAUGGUGGAACCGGGCCUUGCCUUCGAUCGAGACCAGAGGAACGAGAUCCAGACGUCGUUGUGAAAUGCGGUUUCUGUGGUCGCCUUGAAGGCCUCGCCACUGUGGGGGCUUCUCCAGAGUCUUCUAGCGUCCCUGGACCGGUUCUCGCCUCACUCCGGGCCGCCGCACGGUGUGCCGCCGGUGCCUUUUGUCUGGCUGAUGCCUCAAAUUCACCAGUUUCUCUGGAGGAGACAGCAGCCGCUGCUGACGAUCCGGCGUCCGCAUCGGAGCCUUCUUCGUCGUCUUCGUGUUCAGCCUGUUGUGAAUCAGUGGGUGGAGACCGAUCUGUGGGGAAGAAAGAAGCUUUGGGGGUGACGCCUUGUCGACAGAGAGACGAGACGAGUGAGGGCCGAGAAGAAGGAACACAAGUGGAGAAGACAGGGCGAAAGAGACCUCUCUUGCUUCUGAACGGCCUCCAGGGCAUCUGUGCGAAGUGUGGGCCUGCAAACGCCUUCGAAGGCGAGGGCAUGUCCCCUCGAACCGAGCUUGGAACCUGCGCAUUGGGGAAAAGAGAAUCUGCAGGAAAUGGGAAGGGUGGGGCCGACCGCGAAAGAAAAAAGCGUGAAGGGUCCCGGCAAGACAAGGAGAACGGCGCAGAAGAGCGAAACGACAUCAGUCCUUUCUACCUCAUUUCUCUCUUCCAAAUUCUUCGGACUGUCCUGACGGCUAUCCUUGAUGUCCGCCCCCGAGUUGACAGGGCGGAAGCUCCCCUGUCUCCUUCUGAUAGAGAGCGUGGGGGGGCAGCGCCACCGGCUGAGGCUGUAACGAUUUUUGCUUGGAUGCUGGUGGACGCGGCAGUUCUCCCAGACGAAGAAAAGGAAGAAGAAACUGCGAAGGAUGCCACUAAAGUUCCUAGAGACGAGUCAGGAAAGGGUGUCUCCGAAGCGGCGCUUGUGUCCUCCAUGGAGCUACGGAAUAUAAGCCGUUCUGUCGUGUCCUGGCUUUCUGAGCAGCCCGCAUGGAGUCGUGAGGUCCAGGCGGUGCUUGGGCGUUUUGUGCAGAAGUGUGAGCCGGAACAAGAAGUCGAGAAGAAAGACGACUCCCAGAAACGUUUGGAAGCCUUGGUCACCUCUGUCUUCAAGGCCUUCGCCGCGUUUGUCCCCGCCUUUCCGGAAUCUCUGGCAUUGAGCAAAAACGAUGGAGUAUCAGCUCCUGGCUCGGCGGCUGAAGGCCAAGCCACAAAACGCGACGCGGAGAACAGGCGAGUUGGUGGCAGGCUCGUGAUGAGCGGACAACCCCCCCAAAGCACAAGUGUGGAGGCGAACAAGCAAACAUCCCUCGCCUCCCUCCCCUUCUUCUCGUCUUCCUUCGUGGGUGCCUCGUGUCUUCCGCCUUCCUUAGGCGUCAACGCAGUGUCCUCCUCGGUCUUGGCCCAGGCAUGCAUCGCGCCUGGUUCGCCCUCUGUUCGUGCGGCUUUCAGAAACGCCUUCUUGCCUCCAGGGGGCGAAGAAGGGAGAAGGAGGACAGUUCUCGAAUACGGCCUUCGUUGCAAUCUGUGGGUCCUGCUCGAGCUCGGGCUUCGGAAAUACUUCACUCAAGGUUCUCCUCUCUCUUUCAAACCUCACACGCCUUCUUGGCCUCCCGUCUCUCCCGACGCCCCGUCCCUGCUCGUUCGCCUUGUCGCCCAGCGUCUCCGACUCGGAGAUGACCUUCGCCCCACGACCCAGCCUCUCUCCUCUUCUCUCGCUUCUUCUUUGUUGACAUGUGAGCUUUGCGGAGAGAAAGGAGACCGAUUGGUUCGCGGCCGCCUUCUUCCCUUUGGCCAUGGCCUUUCGCUACACUCGGAGUGCAUAGCCUGGUCGGUGGAUCCUGCGCUGUUGCCGAGUCUGGCGAAUCCGCGUCUCGCACUGGGCGUCGUUUCCUCGGCAGCUGGCCUGCAGGACGCUCAGGAGCCCCGAGGGGCCCACGCGCGACGCUCAGGGGAGCCGCUCGGGGACGCCUGUGUGACACACGCGGCAGAGACAGUGCCCGUGCAUGCGUUGGAGGCCGAGAAGGAGGACGGAGAAGAACGAGCCUUGAAGAGACCGAAAACGACUCCGAUCGGCGUCGGGGCUGCUGCGUCAGGUGGAACCCACACCCCAGACGUCGUGGAGACAGCUGGGCCUUGUGGUCCUUCGCCUGCGGUGUUCCGCAUGCCGACCUCCGUGGAGCCGUUUCUCGAGCUUCCUGUGUGUCUGCCUCCCAUCGAAAUCCCGAGCGAAGAAGUGACUGAAGUCGUCGCAGAUGCCGCUGUCUCUCGCUGCGUCUGGUGCUCGAAGUUGGGCGCCUCUGUUUACUGCUCUGCUCCCGAGUGCUCUGUGAAGCUGCACCUGGCCUGCGCCUUCGCUGCGGCCACAGACCCCCGCGCCGCUGCAUGCGGCAGUGGGGAGGCUCUGAAAGAGGGCGAGCCUGUGGGGCUACAGCGGGGUCGAGAGGGAGGCGAAGAGACGAGACGAAGAGACAGAGAAGACUUCCAAGUUCGCCUGCCUCGGGAAGAGAGAGAGCUCUCGGAGACGCGGAAUCGAGCGUUCCCCAUCCACGUUGUCUUCAGUCGCAGGCAAAUAUGGUGUCAUGCAUGUUGGAAAUCCUUCCCCUGUCGACCCGGCGUCGCGCAGCGUUGGUUCGACCCCCUCUUUGUCGCCCUCGAGGGACUGUCAGGAAGUGUAUGUUUCAUUGUGGCUCGGCAGCUGUCUCAGUCGAUCCGACUGCGGCCUCCGUGUGUUCGCCUACGAGACCUUCCAACUGCGGAGCAGGAGUCGAGUGCAACCGUUGCAGCUGCACUGUUGCCUUUCUCGGGCUUCUUCUCCCUUCUCCCGCCUCCCCAGACUUUGGCGCCGACUCCUCCUUCCUUCCCCACGAAGCCAUGUCACUUGUUCUCCUUCACGCCGAUCUACGGGAAUGUUGAGAGUCUGCUCGCGCCUCUCUUUGCCUUUUUGGUCUCCUCUUCGUCUCUGCUUCUCCCCGCUUCUUCUUCGCCCUCCUCCUCCCUGGCGGCCGUAUGGUCUCAGAAGGUCGCCUUAUAUACGAAGCAAAAGAACCUGGUUGCCGCCCUCGCGCCGUUCCUCCUGCGCUCGCCCUCGCUUCUCGGCGCUCUCGUCGCCUCCGUCGACAGUCGCCAGGUCCUCCGGCGCCUGGGGAAAAGGACGGCAUGUCUCGACCUGCCGGAGCGGCCCGGCGCCAAAGGUUUGCGGAGACACUUGGGGCGGGGUCAGGUCGAAGCGCCCACCCACGGGGAUCUCCAGAGGCCCAGCGACCUCGCGAAUGCGUCGACGCAAGAUGCACUCGUGGACGCCUGUCUCUCUGCCUGCUUGGGGUCCGGAUGGUCAGACGAGGAGGUCUUUCAGCUUCGCCAGCAAACGCUCCCUCAGGGCGACUUCUGGCUCGGCGGGAGGCCCUGUGCUGCGGUGGGAACCUCGACGCACAUGGACGCGCUAAGCCAGCACCGGAGGGACGACGUCGCGGGAAGCAGCAGAGCCGCUCAGCCUCUCAUCGACGGCCGAGCGCGACAGGCCUGGAACUCUGCACGAGAACGCCCCGAGAAGGUCCCGGAGAGAGAUGCAAUGUCGCGGGCGGACGUGGGCAGCGAUGGAGUCGCAGGAACCGAGGACGCACACGAGGAGAGACACAACGGCGUUGAGGAGUCGUUCGACGCUCUCAACGUUGAAGCCGAGAACGACUUUAAGAGAGCGGAACCUUUGGCUCACUCAGGUGGAGACGCGAAGGAGAAGGCGCAGGACUUCGGAACGAGUCGUCAACCUGGCCCUGCCCAUUCGGCAACCGCCCACGACCUCUCGUCCUCUCUCUUCUCCGACGCGUCCCUGAAACGUCUCUCGGCUGCACUGGCCGCGUCGUCGCCUCUCACGUCCACUUCGGCUUCUUCGCUCUCAUCGACUCUUUCUCCAGCAUCUCCCCUUUCGCCCGCGUCGCUGCCUCGGUUCGCUGUUGAGGAGAAGAGACACCACGUGAUUCGCCAUGGGGCCCUCACGGUGUUGAACGUUGGAACGCCGCUCUCCUACGACGGCGGCACUUGCGUCUUUCCAAUUGGAUUUGUCUCCGUUCGUCGCUUCCCGCUCCCGCCGUGUCUCCAGACGGCGGAGCGUUGCUGGCGACGCGCAGCCGCGAGGCCGCGGGUGGGCUCGGCCUCGUCUUCUUCGCCGCAAGCAGAGAAGAAGCAUCCGGAAGAGCGAAGAAGCUCAGAGGCACAGCGGAGGCCAACUCGGGGGUCGUAUGUUUGCUCUAUCUCCUUGAGAGACGGCCAGCCUUUCUUCACCAUUGAUAUCCUGGCCUCGUCUUUCGGACGCAGAAGAAUGUGUGCAUGUAUCUUCGCCUGGCUGCCUUCUUCCUGUCGCGGGGAAGCUCAUACCGAGCGAGCGAUUCUACAGCCGCCAGACGGAGAAGGCGAGGGCGCUGCCAGAGCCAUUGUUUUGGAAGCGAAGAACGGCGAGAAGGAGAUGUCAGAGCUACGAAUAAGCAGCGGCGCGAACAACAGGGAACUCGAUGCAACCAUGGGAGAUUCUCCACUGUCGACUGGGACACGACGCAGCCAGGACGCGGAAGUUCCGGUCGAGAGCCAGAGGCACAGUUCGCUUGAGAGACAGGUCGACAAGGACACAAAGAGACAGGACGCAGAGAAGGACUGCGCACCUGUCUGGGGCUGGCGUCUGGCGGAAGGCGCCGACCUGGAGGAGACGUUUGCGCGGUUUCUGUCUCUGUUCCACCUCCGAAGACCAGCAUAUGUCGAGCAGGCUCUUCGAGGUAAAGGUCUUGAAAACAAGGCGACAAUCCCCGAAGGCGAGGAGAACGAGCUGAGGGCGGCGGCGAAGCGGAAGAGGGAAGCAGAACCUGACGAAAGGUCUCACAAGAAGUUGGGUGUGAGUCAGGAGACCGAACGGAACGCCUCGGAAGCUGGCGAAGCCGAAGCGCCUGCAGUUCGGGAGUUCUCGAUUUCUGGCUACACUUUCUUUGGCAUCAAUUCGCCCUACGUUGUCGAGCGAAUCAAACCGAAAGUCUUCGAUGUCCUCGCUUGGCGAGCGCUCUCCCGUCUAGGCGACGCUCAUCACAACCGCUUAGGCGUCUUGAUCGGCAACUGCCAUCGAAUGGAGCAAUGGGAGCGACGGUGGCCCAAGGCGGCGCCACCGGCACAGAGCCGAGCCGGGGGCAGACAGCGCGAGGUGGCGGGCGAGCCGCAGUUGGGGGUGCCGCGCGAUCUGCUCACCCAUCCGCUCGACGAAGACACAAAGGCGGAAAACCUCGACGAGCUGAUGGUCUGCUCGUUCAAUCGAAUCAGCGAAAAGACAGGAGAACCGCUCGCGCAUGCAGACUCCUCAGCGUUGUUGGCAUCCGGCGUCGCGCCUUCGCUGAGCUCUUCCGGCUUCGCCUCUGCUUCUUCCUCGCCAGCCUUGCCACUGUUUCCAGCAUCGUCGUCUCGCUCUGUCUCUGUUCUCUCGCGAGCGAAAGCGAAAAGACAAUUCGACCAGCUUCCACCCUCCAUGCAGUACCGGUAUCUCCAGUCGGUCGGAGUCGACGACCGCCUCAGCGUACGGUCCAGCACCAUCCAUGGGCAAGGCCUCUUCGCGAAUGUGCCGCUCGCCGAGGGCGAGCCUGUAAUCGAGUAUGUUGGAGACAUGGUUCGGAACUGCGUCAGUGAUUUGAGGGAGGCGCUCUACGAGAAACAAGGCGGUGGCGGAGACGGCGCGUGCUACAUGUUCAGGCUCGAUGACAAUUUCGUCGUCGACGCCACUCGAGCCGGCAAUGUCUCCAGAUUCAUCAACCACUCUUGCGAGCCUAACUGCACUUGCAGAAUUCUCGUCUGCGAGGCAGGACAGAAACAUAUUGUGAUCAUCGCGAAGACGGCGAUUCGCGCUGGAGAGGAAAUCACCUACGACUACCAGUUCGGCAUCGGCAACGAAACAGACAAGCUCGCGUGCUUGUGUGGCGCGCGUUCUUGCCUCGGCCGCAUGAAUUAG